GUUAUGGUUUUGCAGAUAUGUGUACUAAACUACAAGACCUUGGAUUCUUCACAAGCAUUGAAGAUAUCAAAGCCUUCCUGUUCAGUGAUGAGGAGAUAACAGCAUCAUGGCUUGAUGCUGUGCAGUAUUCAUUGAGCACUAGUGGUGACUUGAUUUCCUUCCUUUACAAAAACCGUUUGAUAAUAACUAAAUUAAAGGAAAGUGCCGAUAACAAUACAGUUGAGUAUGACAUCACUCACAAAGGUGUUAUUGCAGAUAUAAAUGAAGAGUCUGCAUCAUGCUUGCUGUCCCUCUCAGUGGCAUUACAGCAGAAGAGUGUUGGAGCCACAACCCUCAUUAAAACAAGCACGUGGAACUGUAUUGCUGUGGGCUUCACUUCCGGGUAUUUCAGAAUAUAUACAGAAACUGGUGUUCAACUGUUUGAACAGAUAUUUCACCCUCAGCCCAUCAAGUCUAUGAAAUACUGCCUGCCGAAAGUACUGCAGGACGAACUGCUUGUUAUAUAUGACGACAUUCUCAUUGCUGUAGAUGGUUUCAGCUUGUAUCAAUGUCUCCGGUUUUGUAGAAUGCAGCAGCUCCGGACCACUGCAAGCCCAAAUGCUGCUAAGAACAUCAGUAUAUCCUUCAAGAAAUGGUCACUUCAAGAUCAAAAGUCUACAACUGAUGUUGAAUUUUAUGGUGUGAGAAAUACGACCCCAUUCGAGCACCUUUACCAAGCAUCGUUAGCUGGAGGUUCUGCAAACUAUAUCGGACAAGCAGGACUUGGGCCUGUUUACAACUAUGUAGCAGUGGGUAAAGGACCCUUCAUUGCUCAAUACUGUCCCUCAGAACAGGCAGCACAGCCCAUCAUGUCAGAGGUAGUAAUGAACGUAGCUACCAAGCUCAUGUCUUAUAUUCCUGGAUCUAGUUGGCUAACUGGCUGGUCUCAGGCUGCAAAAGAAAACCAGAUCACCUUUGAGCCCCCAAUUGCUAUAACUAAAAACAUAUGUAUAGACGAUCCUAGAAGAGAAAUUGUUUCAAUCAAGGCGUCCCCCAGAGGAAACCUAGCUGUUUUAGCGGAUACAUUUGGUAGACUCUUAUUGCUGGAUGUUGCUAGCAUGAUUCUAGUUAACAUUUGGAAAGGAUACAGGGAUGCUCAGUGCGGGUGGAUUGCUGUGCCUUGUGAACAGGUUCAUAACUCUACAAUCAGGCCACAGCACACAUUGUUCCUCGUGAUAUACGCUAAAAAGCGUGGUAUUUUGGAGGUAUGGUGCCCCUACCAGCACUACAGAGUAGCUGCGUUUAAUGUGGGAAAGAAAGGGGUACUCUUAUCCAGCAUGUACGGAGCUCUUGGAGAGGGAUCCUUGUCUUCUCCUCUCGCAAUCCCAGCUUGGAGGCCAGCCAAAUCCUGCUGCUUUCUAAUCAAGGAAACUGGCAAGGUGAUAAAUGUCAGUGUUCCAUUUGAAAGCUGUCUCGGAUUGGAGUAUCUGCUUUCACUAGAAGAUUCCAAGUUGGUUAACAAAGCCCUAGACAUUGUGCAGGCUGAUAACUUUUCUCCUGAGCAUGCAACUGAGAUUGAUAAUCUUGUCCAAGAAAUCAAGCUAGCAACGAAUGUUUGGACAGUUAUACAGGCUGUAUUUGAUUCUCCUCACAUAUCUUUAUCCUACAAAACAACCUUGUGUAAUUCUAUCAUGGCUGACAUUUCUGGUUCCAAAGAACUUUGUCAACAACCUGAGUUUAUAAAACUAUAUCAAUCUUGUGAUGUGUUUACCAAACUAUCAACCCUCUACAGUAAUGUUACUGAGCAAUGGAAGGCAACAACUUUCUUGAGCUCAUCAAAACAAUCCCCUCUACUAUCAGAAAUUCAACCUGUCAUAGAAACUUACUUUGGAAAAGCAAAGAUCAAAUCUUCUUUUGAAUUUCCUGGUGUUAUAGAAUUUAGUAAGAGUUUUGUGAUAACCCGAAACCUUAACUCCAUUGAUGAAAAAUCAAAGUUGUCAAUUGAGCUGCCUGAUAAUCAGAGGGAAACUGUAUCAAGGUUUUUGACUCUGUUGUUCCUUUAUUCAGAAGAUUGGAUACCAGCAUUUGAUCAGCUCUUGAAUUGCGGCAUGUCCCUACCACUGAUCUUCACAAUGUUCAUUGAGGCUUGUUUAACUCUAGACAUUCAGAUCUCCUCUCAAUUGUACCAGUCACAAAUAUGUGAAGUUAUCCAGCAUAUUCUCUCAAAGUUUGAUAAUCCGAAGGAAUGCUGGGACAUCAUGUUUGAUGUUCUUAAGUCCAGUAAAAAUGUUUGCCACGGUCUCAUCCUAGCGAUAUACUGUCAGGCUAUAGCCGUUGUAACCCUCGAGUUCACCACCACAACAUUUGAAACAGAGCAAGACAGCCACAAGGUAGACAGUGACAGUGACAGUGGUGAGGAACAAGAAUGGGUGGCCCUGGACCCGGAACACGAGCAGUGGUACACAACACGGCAACAACUCUCUGAUGUCCUCCAUCUCCAGAUAAACACGGGGGUCGACUGUACUGUAAAUACGCUCCUACGAUCUAACAAUCAAACUGUUACCCACGUGGUUGCUAACCAUAUCAUUGAGAAUGAUCUUAUUCAGAACGUUAUAGACUGGGUAGAGAGGUUAAGGAACCACAAGUUAGAGGAGGGCGAAGUUAGUGAACCAGAGGAGGUGUUUGAUGAUAACCUAAACUGGCUACUAAACGUAGUGCCCUGGUGGCCGUACCAACUCCAUCCCACUACAAUAUCAGUGUGUCUGAUUGAGUGUUUGAUAUUCAGGUGGAGUGCUGUGCUGGAUGAGCAGAGUCCUGAUGUGGAUGUGGAGUACCUUGUCUCCGCUUCUAAAGUCCUCCUCAGUCUCAAGUAUGUAACAGUGCAGCAAGCACUGCUUAGUGUUCUGUGGGAAACCGUGUUUUGCUCAAAGAUUAAGAAAAUGUACGCUCUCAUUGAAAAGGUUGGGAGGCAACCCAAGGACAGACUAUGUGUGAAAGAGCUGUCUCUGACCCUGGCUUCAGUGAUUGACUUUAUAUCUGUAGCCCGGAAUAUCCUGGUGAAUGUAAACAUUUCAACUGAUCCCAGCGAGGAUAGGCUUGUUGUAAAACAGGAGAACGUGUGGGCCUCUGACAGUAGGAGCUGGCUCCUACACAAAGUAGUGAGUACAGAACAAAAACUGAACCCUGACUUUGUCAUACUCCACGCUCAAAUAGUCACCUCUCUAGAGCUCAUAAUCUCCCUCAACAUCAAGAACAUCAGACCCUCUGUUCUCUUCCACUCCAAGUUCGCCAACCUCUUCUUCUCCCCUCUCACUACCCCCGGCACCUUCAAGUUCUCCACCACCCCCGACAUAGACACCCUCCACGAACAGAUGCUGAAGAUGUGUGUAAAAGCUUCUGUGAACUCUGACAUGAACCUCACACCUUACCAAACCUCCUGGACAUAUCUCAUUAUAAACCUCGCUACACUGUGGGAGAUUGCAGUACCUAUACAAUCAUACUUAGCUGUGUUUUUAUACAGUCUAGGUAAGUUUGAUGAGGGUAACGAGAUAGUGCUUACCUCUCUACACAGACCGCAACUAGGAGUAGAGCUGUUAAACGUGCUGCUGUCCCUUCUUGAAAUGUUAAUAUUCCUUGACGAGACUAGUCAGAAGUUUUACCUGCCCGUGCUGACUCCUUCCUUAAGUAGCUGGCUCAGAUCCAAGAGAGAUCCUAAUGUGGCGCUGUUGGAUAUUAAGACUGUAUUCAAGGCGUUUUCAAAUGUCUUAACUUGGGUUUCGGGUGACGACAUUAUUAUUAAUAAUUCUAGGGAACUGCGUCUCAGCCUGUUGAAAGUGUUGUAGUUUUUAGUUCUAAUAUGACAAAGAUUUUCAGAAUGCAAAGAUAUACAUUUUAAUUUCUUUGAAUUUUCACUAAUUUUAUCAUUUCAGUUUACGUGUUCUAACCUCUUUGUCGUUGCACUGAAAGUGGCUAUUAGAAUUUUCACGCUCUAGAUGAUUUCGCUGAUGCUUCUGUAGUUUUAGUUUUUAUCGAUGAAAUUUUUGGUCGUGUGUGAAUGCAUUUAUCUGGGAUUGAGUUUUAGAAUGUUUUGUGUAAUCAUGUUAAUAGUGAAUAUAAAACAUUGAAUUCA